GUCUGUCUGCAGGUCCUUCGUGUGUCCAGCAUGAGUAACAUCUAUGAGUCUGCAGAGGCGACCCUUGGCCUGUGCAACUCUUCCUGUCUGACCAAGGUUGAGCUGAGAGUGGCUUGUCGAGGGAUCUCAGACCGAGAUGCCCUUUCUAAACCAGACCCCUGUGUUGUCCUCAAGAUGCAGUCACACGGGCAGUGGUUUGAGGUGGACCGUACAGAGGUGAUCCGUAGCAGUAUCAAUCCAGUGUUUUCCAAGGUGUUUCUGGUUGACUUCUACUUUGAGGAGGUUCAGCGUCUUCGCUAUGAGCUACAUGACAUCAGCUCAGCUCACAAUGGACUCAGAGACACAGACUUCCUCGGAGCUAUGGAGUGCACGUUGGGACAAGUGAGUGAAUAUCGUGUCCAGAGGAAACUGUCCAAAGCGUUACUUAAACAGGGAAACACUACCAGCAAGUCCUCCAUCACAGUACGAAGCUCUCACGCACACAUACACACAACGUGCACACGCGAUUUCUUCAGUAAAUCAGAUCCGUUUUUGGAAAUCUUCAGAAUAAAUGACGAUGGCAGCGGAUCACUAGUUCACAGAACUGAGACGGUGAUGAACGACCUCAGCCCGGUGUGGAAGUCAUUCAAGGUCUCUCUCAACACACUAUGUAGCGGAGACCAUGACCGCCAACUAAAGUGCACAGUGUAUGAUUGGGACUCCAAUGGGAAGCACGACUUCAUUGGAGAGUUCCAGACCACCUAUAAGGAGAUACGCACAGACCUGGAAGGGAGACAGAUGCAAUGGGACUGUAUAAACCCUAAGUACCAGGUGAAGAAGAAAAACUACAGAAACUCUGGUGUCGUCGUCCUCAACCACUGUAAGAUCAUCAAGAUGUAUUCUUUCCUGGACUACAUCAUGGGAGGCUGUCAGAUCCAGUUCACAGCUGAUGUUCCUAUGUCGACCAGUAACGGCCAGCAGGCUGAUUUCCUGUCGACCCCAGUAAGGCCACAGCUGAUGUUCCGUCGACUCAGUAAGCCCGCAAGCAGCAGGUACAUGUUCCUGUCGACCCAGUGGCAUAAGACUUUACAGCAUCAACGGAGACCCGGGAACAGCUGUUCUCUCCACUACAUCCAUCCGUAGCCCAAUGAGUACCUGAAAGCCCUGGUGGCUGUGGGAGAAAUAUGUCAAGACUACGACAGUGACAAGAUGUUUCGUUUUGGGUUUGGAGCUCAGAUCCCACCUGACUUCAAGGUGUCACGAUUUGCCGUGAACUUUGAUGAAGACAAUCCGGAAUGUCCCGGUAUCCAGGGUGUGGUAGAAGCCUACCAGGCGUGUCUUCCUAAGAUCCAGCUGUACGGACCGACCAACAUCGCUCCCAUCAUACAGAAAGUUGCUUCUUCUGCCUCAGAGGAGAUGCACACCAUGGAAGCUAUGGAGUAUUUCAUCCUGUUGAUCCUAACAGAUGGAGUGAUAACAGACAUGGCUGACACUAGAGAAGCUAUAGUCCAUGCUUCCCACCUACCCAUGUCUGUCAUCAUAGUAGGAGUGGGAAACGCUGACUUCAGUGACAUGCAGAUGCUGGACGGAGACGAUGGAAUACUCAGGUCCCCAAAAGGAGAACCUGUUCUCAGAGACAUUGUCCAGUUUGUUCCCUUCAAAGACUUCAAACACGCAUCCCCGGCUGCGCUAGCUAAGAGUGUGCUAGCAGAGGUGCCCAAUCAGGUGGUGGAUUACUACAAUGCCAAAGGAAUCCAUCCCAAAUGUCUGUCUGACUACGACGAAUCUACCAGACCCUUCAGCCCCUGACCACACACAUACACACGUAUUAAUCACACACACACAUACACACACGUUAUAAACACAAACUAAUACAUACUCACCCAUACACACACCCUGCAUACAGUAGUGUAGCUCAGAGAAGUAGUUUGGUGGGUUUAACUAUCAAUCAAUCAAAUGCGUUUAGAAAGGCUGGAACCUAGGAAGAAACCUGGAGAGGAACCAGGC